UCUUCCCCCCCCCCCUGCUUACUUCACAAGCAAGCGCGAGCCUGAUAGGGGACAGAGCCGUCCACUUCCCUCUGCAAGGAAGGGGUUUGAGACCGCUCGCGUCGCGGCCCUGAGCGCCAACAUCACGACCGCCCCCUCCCUCUUUUCUCUCUCUCUGUCUCUCUCUGCUGCGGCCUCGCUCUCUUCCAUCUCCUUUCCGCCUCUUUUCCCUGUCUCCGCGAGCUUGCCAUUCCCCUCACGUUGCCUGCGGGGCUCGAGACUUCUCCCCUCUUCUCUUUCCCGAGGCGCCGCCGCCUUUAACGGACGGGAAGCAGAAGCGGCCAAAGGACGCGCGUCCUCCUGGAGGGACUCAUCCCGCGGCGGCAGCAGCAGCAGGUGGGAUCGAGGCCCACGUUCUAGGCGUCUGUUUUGCUGACGCGCGCGCAGGCGAAGCCAACAGAAAGCAGGUGUGGGGGGCAGGACUGCUCGCUCUCUCUCGACCCCCCCCCCUCUUCCACUGUUUCGCAGCGCUUAACCCUUCCCCAUUUCCGCGACGGCCGGCCUGUCCGCCAGCCCGCCCGCCUGCCCGCCAGCCAGUCAGUCAGUUUCCCCUUCCGGGCCGGCAGGAGCGCACGGCGUUGCCUGUAUCGCGGAGCUUAAAAGUCUGAAACAGCCGGGCUUCUUGACUUGCCGCGGCUGCCUUGACGCUUAUUUUCCUCACUUUUCCGUUUUUGUUUUUUUAAGUCGCCGCUUUAGAAGCAGCGCAUAAAGUCAAACGCCCGGGAGGCGCGCACGGGGCGAGGGUCUCUCGGCUGCCUUCCGCUCGGCUUUUUUUUUUUUUUUUUUGGCUCUUUUUCCGCCCUCCGUUUCGCUCGAGGGCCUUGAACGCGUGCUGAGGAGAGAGAGCGAACAGGGGCGCCCGGCCCUUUUUCUCGCCGCCGCCAGCGCCAUGUUGAAACAACCGCUGCCGCCGCCCUCCCCUCAACCUGCUGCGCCUUCCUCGGGCCCCCCGCCUCCGACGCCGCCUCCGGCCGCCGCCGCUGCUACCGCCGCCGCCGCUUCCCGCAAAGCCAACCCACCGCCGGCCAGCCCCAACGGGAACCUCAGCCCCGGGGCCGCGGGCGGACCGAGAGCCACAAUGGUGGCUCCCCCGGGUAGCGGCGGAGGAGCCCCCCCUGGAGGAAGCGGCACCAGGGGCCAGAGUACAGGCAAAGGACCUCCACAAUCUCCUGCUUUUGAGGGUGUUUAUAACAAUUCCCGAAUGCUUCAUUUUCUAACUGCAGUUGUGGGAUCAACAUGUGAUGUGAAAGUGAAAAAUGGAAGCACAUUUGAAGGAAUUUUUAAAACCCUGAGUUCUAAGUUUGAGUUGGCUGUGGAUGCUGUGCACAAGAAGGUGCCCGACCAGCCAGUAGGGCCGAGGAGGGAGGAUAUUGUAGACACUAUGGUUUUCAAGCCUGCUGAUGUCAUGUUAGUGCACUUCCGCAAUGUUGAUUUUAACUACGCCACCAAAGAUAAGUUCACAGAUUCUGCCAUCGCCAUGAAUUCUAAAGUGAAUGGGGAGCACAAAGAAAAAAUACUACAACGCUGGGAAGGGGGAGACAGCAACAGUGAUGAUUAUGACUUAGAAUCAGAUAUGUCUAAUGGCUGGGACCCAAAUGAGAUGUUCAAAUUCAAUGAGGAAAAUUACGGUGUGAAGACAACAUAUGAUAGCAGUCUUUCAUCAUAUACAGUCCCUCUUGAAAAAGAUAAUACCGAGGCUUUUAGGCAACGAGAGGCCAGAGCUGCACAGCUGGCACGAGAAAUUGAGUCAAGCCCACAGUAUAGACUGCGUAUUGCAAUGGAAAAUGAUGAUGGGCGCACAGAAGAAGAGAAGCACAGUUCAGUGCAAAGACAAGUGUCUGGAAGAGACAGCCCCAGUUUGGCUUCCAGAGAGGGCAAAUAUAUCCCACUUCCCCAGCGUGUCAGAGAAAGCUCCAGAGGAGGCAUACGCUGCAGUAGUUCUAGAGGAGGGAGGCCAGGCAUGGGGUCCUUGCCACCCCGUGGGAGUUCACAUCAUUCAGAAAGCAACACUGGCUCUGCUCCAGAGCAGCGAGGUAUCAAUGGAGGUCCAUCUAGAAUGUCUCCAAAAUCUCAACGACCCAAUCGAGGGGCCAAGAAUAUGUCUUCCCCGACCAGCCGACCAAUGGAAGUCUCUGCUGCAUCGCCUACAGUGGGCCGUCUCUAUGCUCCUCGUUCUCCGAAGUCUGCCUCAACUGUUCCAGUCUCUUCUCAAGAUCCCCCUGUGGGACCAGCUAUCCCUAUUGCUCCUGCAUCACCUUCUGAAUCAAGGACUACUAUGGAAUCGAGUGCUUCCCCGACCCCACCUUCACCUAAAGUCCCAGCAUCUAUCCCAGUAGCUGCUGUUGAAGUUAAAGAGGUGCCUAGCUCUGCCACCAAAGAAGCCGGCAGGACUGUAGAAGUUAUGGGGUCCUCAGACUUGGUCAAACAGACUAGCAAAGGUCUCCAAAAUGAGCAAAAGAGGAAUCAGCUCGAGGAGUUGAGGAAGUUUGGAGCCCAAUUUAAGUUACAGCCCAGCUCCUCUCCAGAGGCCACCCAUGACCCCUUCCGGCCAAAAGAGUCUCUUGAAGGGAAAGUAAAAGACAAACUGCCAGAGGUGUUGGUUGGAGCAGGCAAUUCAUGUGAAGUGUCUGAAGAGUGUCCCAAGCCCAGCCUGGAUUUCUGUGAAGGUAGCAGCAAGGAGGAGAAAGGAUCCUCUGAGGUCCUGGAACGCCAGACCCAGACUGCCAGUCCUCUGGGUAAAGGAGAAGCAGAGGACAAGGAAGAUGGUCCUGUCUCAGAGCAGGUGAAGAAAUCAACAUUGAAUCCUAAUGCAAAAGAAUUCAACCCCUCAAAGACACUUCUUUCUGUGAACAAAUCAACAAGUACGCCUACAUCACCAGGGCCACGCACCCAUUCCACACCCUCCAUCCCAGUGAUUACCCCAGGGCAAAGUGGCAUGUACAGCACACAAUAUAUUUCUUACAUCCCACAGAUUCACAUGAGCCCAGCUGUGCAGACACCUCAGAUGUACCCCUAUCCUGUUUCCAAUUCUGUGCCCGGACAGCAGGGGAAAUACCGAGCUAAAGGGUCUCUACCUCCCCAGCGUUCAGACCAGCAUCAGCCCACCUCAGCUCCUCCCAUUAUGCAAGCAGCAGCAGCUGCGGGGCCCCCUCUGGUGGCUGCUACUCCAUACUCUUCAUACAUCUCUUACAAUCCCCAGCAGUUCACAGGACAGCCUACUAUGAUGCAGCCCAUGGCCCACUAUUCCUCACAGCCUAUGUUUGCCCCCAUGCUGCAGAGUAAUCCCCGUAUGAUGACAUCUGGCAGUCACCCCCAAGCUAUCGUCUCAUCAUCUACUCCACAGUAUCCUCCGGCCGAACAACCUACACCCCAAACUCUUUAUGCCACAGUGCAUCAGUCGUAUCCCCAUCAUGCCACACAGCUGCAUCCGCAUCAGCCUCAACCAGCUACCACACCCACGGGCAACCAGCAGCAAACACAACAUGCCGCCCCCAGCCCUGUGCAGCACCAAGCUGGACAGCCCCCUCAUUUGGCCAGUGCUCAGCAGCAGCAGAACCUAUAUCACACAGCUACACUGACGGCUACACCACCAUCCAUAACCCCGGGGCCCAGCGCUCAGUCUCCACAGAGCGGUUUUCCACAGCCGACAGUUUAUGCCAUUCAUGCCCAUCAGCAGCUGCAGCACGGAUACACCAACAUGGCCCAUGUCACUCAGGCCCAUGUCCAGACUGGAAUUGCAGCUGCCCCACCACCUCACCCUGGGGCUCCCCAGGUCAUGUUACUGCACCCCUCACAGACUCAUGGUGGACCCCCUCAAGGAGGUGUGCCCCAGAGUGGUGUGCCCACGCUUUCCGCCUCCACACCAUCCCCCUACACAUACAUAGGGCACCACCAAGUUCAGUCUCAUCCCUCCCAGCAACUUCCAUUCCACACCCCUGGGAAUUGAUGUCCACGCUUCUCCCUGUGACCUGAGACCCCAGCCAGCUAUGGCUCUGUUGCUGACCCCCAUCCCCACCCCCAAGCCUGGGCCAUCCCUUGUGCCCAAGGCAGAGGCCCCUGAAGGGAUGCAGUCUGGCCCAGCCCCUUUUGGCAAGCACCUUUCUUUCUGUUGGUUUAAUGAAGCCUGCCCAAGUUACUUGUUGACCAGCAGGAUGGAGCAAGACCCCUUUCUAUUGCCCAGAGAAGGGCAGGGCAGUUUAUUUUCUUUUAUUUAUAACUCCAUUGGGGUUUCUAGAGCAAAUGCCACUUUCCCACAUUGACAAGGACAUGACCAUAUGGACAAAUCUUGACUUUUUAUUAAGUAAAAAUAUUUAAAAAGUUAAAAAAAUAAAAAUUUAAACUAACUAA